UCAACAUCUCUACACAUCUCGCAGAGUUAGAAAAGUAACAUCUGAUGAACCAUUUUUAGAAAAAAGAGAACUGCUUCUUUGGGUUUUUUUUUUAAAUGAAAACAGAUUUGUUUGCUAGAAGUUUUCAAACUGAGACAUCCUUCUUCAUGCAGGAAGAGGUGGUUUUGACCUUCUUCUUGUGCCUGACAAAUUGGUUUACUGUUACUCUAGAUGUAAUAUUCCAUCACUUGCACCACAAGAUAUAUGGACCACCCACCAUUUGCCUUCCAGAGCUACCUACAACCAGCAUGUUUCCAUGAUAUACGCCUGGCCCAGGCUCUGUAAAGGAUAUUGAGUUUGCCACUUCAGCCUAGACCAACACUGCCAACUUGCUGCUCUGCAACACCCAGGACAGCAGGUCCACCAGACCAACACACCAUGGAAAACCAGACUACAGACUUUGCUGACAUGCCACUAACAACAGAAUUUGACUACGGUGAUUCAGCGACCCCAUGUCUACAAAUAGAGGAAAAGCACUUUGCAGCAACACUUUUGCCUCCACUGUAUUCUUUGGUGGUGAUAUUUGGCCUCAUAGGCAACAUGCUUGUUGUCCUCAUCCUGGUAAAAUACAAGAGAUUGAAGAGCAUGACCGACAUCUACCUUCUCAAUUUGGCAAUUUCUGAUUUGCUGUUUAUAUUUUCCCUCCCUUUUUGGGCUUAUUACGCCGUUCAUGACUGGAUUUUUGGGGAUGCGUUGUGCAGAAUUCUCUCAGGUAUCUACCUCCUUGGCUUUUACAGCGGGAUCUUUUUCAUAAUCCUGCUGACCCUAGACAGGUAUCUGGCCAUCGUGCACGCAGUGUUUGCUUUAAAAGCCAGAACAGCUACCUACGGCAUCCUCACCAGUGCUGUCACUUGGGCUAUUGCUAUGUUUGCUUCUGUCCCUGGGAUAGUAUUUCACAAAACUCAAAAGGAAAGUACACGUUUUACUUGCAGUCCUCAUUAUCCGUCGGAGCAGAGAAAUGUAUGGAAGCAAUUCCUGACCUUAAAAAUGAACAUCUUGGGUCUUGUUAUUCCAAUGUUAAUUAUGAUCUGCAGCUACGCACAAAUUAUAAAGACAUUACUGCAAUGUAGGAAUGAGAAGAAACAUAAAGCAGUCAGGCUUAUUUUUAUCAUCAUGAUUGUCUACUUUUUUUUCUGGGCACCAUACAACAUCUGCAUCCUCUUGCGUGAUUUUCAAGGUAUUUUCUCUGUCACUACUUGUGAAGGCAAUGGUCAACUACACAAAGCAACCCAAGUGACAGAAACAAUCUCAAUGAUCCACUGUUGUAUUAACCCUAUAAUUUAUGCCUUCGCUGGAGAAAAAUUUAGGAAGUAUCUCCGUAGCUUUUUCCGAAAGCAGAUUGCAUUCCACUUCUCUAAAUACUGUCCUGUUUUCUAUGUUGACACAGCUGAACGAGCUAGCUCCACCUACACACAAUCUACUGGAGAACAAGAAGUUUCUGCUGCAUUGUAAGUUGUGUCUAGCAAAAAUGUGGAAUUGACUUUUGCGAAAUCAAGUCUGUGAUGAAAGCCUGCAGAAUCUGUCCUGGAUAUUGGCUCUAAAGCAGCUGCAAAAAAAAUCACAGAAUACAUAUUUACCAAAGCUUGUAUUUGCUCAUAGAUAUAGGUAUUUGUACAUAAAUGAAAAGCAUGUCUCAAAUUAGCUACCUAGAUAUGUUAAUGUGGGAUUCUUUAUAGAAAAAUGUGUUCCCUUUUUUUUGUGCAUGUGAAAGCAUAGUUUUGCUCUAUACUGCCCAAAACUACAGAAACUCUGAAGGCCUAUGCUAGCAGGCUUAUAAACUAAGUUUUUGAAGUGAACUAGAGAUGAGAAAUUGACUCUGGUUCUUCGGAAACCUCUCUUGACUGUACUUUACACAAGAUAUCUUCCACAUUUAAACUCAGUUUCAGUCACAUCGUUUACCAGCCUGGCUGUGCAUCUCUAAAUAAUGUUAAAUGACUGAGGUCUGUGAUACAGAAUCUUUACAAGUUUUAUGGGAAAAUUUUAUAAAUUUAGAAAAGUUUCUGAUCUUUUACAGUAUGUUUCCCUUUGUUUAUGGUUGAGUACCUUAAUCUUUCUCACAAUAGAUCUAACUACUAGGGGUUAAUAUCUAAUUGACCUGAGAGUUUGCUAUUUCAGAAGGCUUUCUUUUAAUUAACUGCUCUUUUAUAUGCUAUUCAUACUAUAAAGCUAAUAUAAUGACCUACCAUUGAUCAGAAAAUCAAUGUGUUUACAAUAUUUUAAAAAUAAAAUAUUGCAUAUGAAGCCUUAACCAAGUUAGAUCAAAUGUGGACAACUAGCAAACAGGGUUUUAGCUUUUAUAUGCAGUGAUUUUUCUUGACAUUUGUCUAGCCUACAUAACAGAUAAACUUAAAAAUAUGUAGCGAAUGCAGUCAUAAUGGCUGCAAAACCACAACAGCAUUAGAGGUGUGAAAAUGUUUUUUUGACAGAGGUGACCCAAAUCUUUUUAGAGAUAAGCAUAUGUUAUAGGACAUUUAAGUUAUCAAAACAUAUGAAUAAGUAAAAAUAUUCACUGUUCUAUGGAAUCAAGUGCAUAGAGUAUCACUUUUUUUUGUUUGUUUUACAAGGAGGAAACAUUUGGGGGCUACACCAAUGUUUUUUUUCUGCCAUUUGGUAGUUUUCCAGGGAGCGAAAACUUCCAUAACUAGUCAGACAGAUGGUCAAGCAUGACUGAGCUUCCCCUUAAAGCUCAGAUCCUGCAAAGCACUUCAAUACAUAGAAAAGAUGAAAUAAAAAUAGGGAUACUCACAUGUUAAGAUCAUACCAUAAUGACACUAUUAAUGGAUUUCAGUCAAGUUGUCCUUUCUAGCAUUUCCUAUAUUUCCUCUAAGACAUACGGUUUUGGACAGCUCUGGAGACAAGAAAUUAAAAGUGAAUAUUUGGAUUGCUGUUCAUAUCCAGCAGGGCAAUUUCUGUCACCCAACUCCUCUACAUAGCCUUUCAAAUAAUAUUUUAAAGGAAGCAAAUCUUUCAAACAGCCCAAAAGAGAUUUAAUACUGCUAAGUACUUAUGAAAACAGGAAGUGAAAUAGGGAAAUUUUUGCUUAUCAGACCACUUGGUCGAACUUAUUCAGUUUUGUCAUAUUAAGCACCACUUUUGGACUAGAUUCAUGUGGAAAGUAUAACAAAAGUAUACUACACCUUCUAAUGUGCAAGAUUUUCAGCUGCAUACUCUUUUAAGACCCUGUGCAUCAGUUACUUUCUGGACUUUGUAUGCUAUUUAAACACAUAACUAUAUCAGUAUAAGCAGAAAUUUGGUAAUUUCAGCAUAAAAUGACAAAUACAUGCAUUUCUUUUUUAAAGAAAUAAGCUACAUGCAGUAACUUGUAGAUAGGCUGAUUUGGUUUUUUUUUUCCUCUAGAAUAUCUUUAUGAAAAUAUGUCUAUAUUUUAUUACUUUCUUGACAAGAAUUUUCAUUCGGCUCCUAAGAUACCUUGCCUUUAAGAAGUUAUUUUCUCUGGAAGGCUUUGAUGCCAGACAGCGUAUGUAUCUUGACCAGCCCUGCAGGAGCAAAAUACAAGACCCAAACGUGCACAAGCACACUGACAAGCCUCCUGAGAGGAAUGUUAAAAAGCAGCCCCAGUCCUUUGCAUAGUUCUCUUCUCCGGUAUGAAUCCUUCCAAGCAACAAGUAACUUCCAAAGGGAAGAAGUGGAAUUUAGAGAUUGGUGGCCCAGUGGAUCAGCGGCUUAUCAAGACUUUUGGGAUCAAGAGAUGGGAUCACACUUCAGUGAAUGAGAACAAGCCAUAUUUCAGCUGCUGUAGCGAACUCUGAUCUGCAUUCAAAAAGAUAGUGGAAAACAUGAUAUUUGGUAGUACUGUUGGUGCAUUCAAUUAAGGACUUUGCCAAUAUAUUGUAAUAACAUACUGUAUUAUACAAUCCAUUAAAGAUGAUUAACUGUUGUGUGUUAGACUUCUUUAUCCUUUUUCCCUUUCCUCCUUUUUUUAGAAUAGCCUGGAAGAAUGAAAAAGGAAGAGAAAAUCCUCUUCGUAACACAUUGCUGUGAUGCUGAAAGAGCAGGCGGGACAAACUAAGUGUUUACAAGUGGACUAAGAGCCA